CAACUUUCUGCAACUUUUACUCCUCCAGAACUUUCAGAACUUCCAGAACUUCUAGUUCUCCUGGUGUUCCUCAGAACUCUCUCAGCUGAAGGUCCAGCAGAACCUGGUUCUACAGAAUGUCUGAUAACAUCCCGGCUCCAGGUUCUCCAGGGAACCCCAUGAAGUUUAAGGACCAGGACUACACCUCCCUCAGAGCAGAGAGCCUGAAGACCAAGAAACUGUUCCUGGAUCUGACCUUCAGCGCUGAGCAGAGCUCUAUCGGUAUGCCGGCUGAUCCAGACCCUAAACUGGCCAUCAAAUGGCUGAGACCCAAGGAAAUUAGCAAGAACGCGGUGUUUGUGGAGGGCACCACGGGCACCACGGAUAUCUGCCAGGGUCAGCUGGGUAACUGCUGGCUGCUGGCCGCCCUGUCCUGCCUCACCAUGCACCCCACGCUGUUUGAGAAGGUGGUCCCAGCAGGACAGACCCUGGACUCCCCCUAUGCUGGAAUCUUCAGAUUCAGGUUCUGGCAGUAUGGUGAGUGGGUGGAGGUGGUGGUGGAUGACAGGCUGCCCGUGCGAGGAGGCCGUCUGCUCUUCAGCUACUCCCGCACCAACAACGAGUUCUGGAGCGCCCUGGUGGAGAAGGCCUACGCCAAGUUGAUUGGUUCCUACGCCAGUCUGAAGGGGGGUAAUAUUUCUGAAGGGAUGGAGGAUUUUACUGGAGGAAUCGCCUACACUCGCCCAGUAUCCUCCAGAACCCCACCAGUGCUCUGGAGAACUCUCACCGCUGCCCUGUCCAGAGGCAGCCUGCUCAGCUGCUUCAUACAGGCCAAAAACGUGAAGGAGAUCGGCACUGUUACAGCAGAGGGGCUGGUCAAAGGUCACGCUUAUGCCAUCACCGCUACUGAUAAGGUUAAAAGAAACGAUGAGGAGGUGUUGCUGGUGCGUCUGAGGAACCCCUGGGGUUUUGUGGAGUUCUGUGGACCCUGGAGUGAUAAGUGUAAGGACUGGGAAGGCAUAGACGCUGCUGAGAAGACCAGAAUCCAUUUGAACAUUGAAGAGGACGGGGAGUUCUGGAUUGGGGUGGAGGAUUUCUGUAAGAUGUAUGAUACAGUGGAGCUGUGCAGUGUUAACCCCGACUCUGAUGCUGGAGAGGACAGUGAUGCUGCCAGUGUCUCUGAUUGGUCCCUGACUUCCCACAAGGGAUCAUGGGUACCCAUGUGCUCUGCAGGGGGCAGCCGCAAAUACCCAAAAUCGUUCUGGAAGAACCCUCAGUUCCACCUGGUGCUGUCUCAGCAGGACGUGGAGGAUGUGGAGGUUUAUGAGGAUGAUGUGGAUGUUGGUGAUGAUGAUGCUGGUGCUGCGGUGGUGAAGACGGGGGAGGAGAAGCAGAAGGAGAAGAUGAGGAAGUGCACGAUGCUGGUGGAGCUGCUGCAGAAGAAUCGCAGACAGAUCGACAAAGUCAACUUCCUCUACAUCGCCUUCCACAUCUACAAGGUUCCUCCUCAGCUGCAGGACAGUACCAACACUUUUGACGGACAGUUCUUUAGCACCAACCCACUGGUGAGCCGAUCCGGGCCGUACAAGAACUCUCGGGCCGUGUGGAGGAAGAUCCACCUGGAUCCUGGACACUAUGUGAUCCUGCCUUCAACACAGCGGCCCAACCAGCAGGGGGAGUUCUUCCUCCGUAUCUACGCCAAAAAAGGAAACACACUGGGGGCUCGUGAGAUCACCUGCCCCACUGCUUUCUCCAUGACUGUAAUGUCCAAACCACCACUUCCUGAAGAUCAGAGGAGGGUGCAGAAGUGGUUUGAUGAAGAGGCCGGACAGGAUGACAGACUGAACGCAGUGGAGUUUAUGAAGCUGGUGAACUCAGUGUUGGAGAAGGACUAUCAUCUUCCUCUGGAGAUCUGCAGGCAGCUCAUCUUUGGAGAAAAUACGGGAGGUCGAGGAAGGCUGAGUCGAGAUCAGGCCGAGAAGAUUCUGUCUUCAUUACGGAACCUGCAGUCAAUCUUCUUUGAAUUCGAUGAGGAUUCUUCAGGAACCAUGAGUCCAUUUGAGCUCAGCCAGGCUCUCAAAGCAGCAGGUGUGCAGUGUGAUAAUAGUGUUCUGCAGAUGCUGUGGGAGCGGUUCGGCUCUGGGGAGCAGCACCUGCCCUUCCCUGUCUUCGUGUCGUGUGUCUGCAGGCUGCAGGUUCUCGUGGCUCUGUUUGAGGCAGAAAGCAGCCUGGAGGUGAAGAACAGGGGAAUAAACGUGUGGAUGCUCAGGCUGCUGGCCGUGUGAACCCUCCGAGAUGCGACACCUCAGCAGGACAGACCCGCUUGGCCGGGACUAAACUGACGUCAUCCACCUGGUCCUGCGUCUCUCUAUCUCUUUAUAUCUCUCCCUCUAUCUAUCUUUUUAUCUAUCUAUUUCUCUGUCUGCUUCUGCUCUUCACCUCCACCCACUCAUCCCCCAUCAUUCUCCGCUCACAUGGGUCACUUUGGGUUUUGGUCCAACAAACAUGCAGAUAUUCACUUUUCUUUUACAUUUACUUUAUUUUCAUUUACUUUGCCACCAUUUCCAUGCAUAUACACUUUAAUAUAUUGCCUAUAGUUUCUUCUUUAUAAGUGAAAAUGUUUGUAGACACCUUCUGUUUAGAGAAUUAUAACUAUAAGUCGCUCUAAAAAUCAUUUAAUUUUCCCAAAAAUCAUCAUAAGGUGCUUCUUAUGUACGAAUUCUACCAGUCAGGUAUUAAAGGAGCAGUAAAGCCACUCUGACUGCUAAAGUCCCGCGUUAUAAGGGUGCGUUUUCAGUGAAGUUUCUCCAGCACUAAGGCUAGGUGCAGCAGCAUUAGCAUUAGCCGCUAACCAUUGCGCUAGCACUUCCGCCAUGUUAAAACAAGCACCCUGGUUACCGGAACACUCAGGGUUCCUCAGUGUAAAGAUAUCGUGUGGCAUUUACUAGCGCUAGAGGCUAGCACUGCGGUUAGCGGCUAAUGCUAAUAUUAAUGCUGCUGCACCCAGCCUUAUUGCUGGAGAAACUUAGAUGAAAAAUCACCCUUAGACAAAAUACUGGAAAUCUAAGUGCUUUACUCACCCAAAUAAACAGUUUUCAGGAGAGAAAUCUGUGUAGAUUAACAUCCAGCACUCGAUUGACUUUAAAGGAAAAUGUUUUUUUUUUUAAUUACAGUUUUUUUCUUAGUACCGUAUUUUCGGACGAUAAGGCACACUUAAAAUAGUUUAACUUUCCCAAAAAUCAACAGUGCUCCUUAUGUAUGAAUUCUACCAGUCAGGUAUUAAGGAACAGUAAAGCCACUCUGCUGAACUACAGUGUUAUAAGAGUGAGUUUCAGUAAAGUUUCUCCAGCCCUAAGGCUGGGUGCAGCAGCAUUAGCAUUAGCUGCUAAAACAGCACUAGCUCUUUUGUCACGUUAAAACAAGCUACGUGGGACGAACCGCUAGCUGAUAGCACCCUGGUUACUGGAACACUCAGUGUUCCUCAGUGUAAAAAUAUUGUGUGGCAAUUACUAGCACUAGAGUCUAGCAUUGCGGUUAGCAGAUAAUGCUAAUAUCAAUGCUGCUGCACCCAGCCUUAGUGCUGGAGAAACUUAGCUGAAAAAUCACCCUUAAACACAAUAUUGGAAAUCUAAGCUUACUGUAGAUAAACGGAAGCGCUUUAUUCACCCAAAUAAACAGUUUAGAGGAGAGAAAUCUGUGUAGAUUAACAUCCAGCACUCGAUUAACUUUGAGAGAAUUAUUUUUUUUUAAGAAUUACAGUUUUGUUUCAUUAGGCGCUUCCUCCAGCUUUCCUUUUAGAAGGGAAACAUGGCAACACCCUUCCUCAGUUCAGUGUCAAAUUUGUGCCGUUUCAGGAAUAGAUUUGUUCAGGAAGAUCUUGAUUAAUGAGGCUGGUAAUAUGAAAUAUCUUGUUACCAGCAUUUCAUAAGAAAUGUUGAUCUCUAAAGCUAGAGUGCGUCUACAAACAUUCGGACAUACACUACUGUGCAAAAGUUUUAGGCACCUAAUUUUUACAUUAUUCAGAAAAUGCUAAUAUUAAACUAAUAAUAUUCAAUCAAACAGUCAUGAUUUUACAGUGCUUAUUAAGACUUGACUAAAGCAAAUUAAAUUGGCUAAACUAAGCUAUAAUUUGAACAGUUAAAGCAGGUUAUUUUAACAUUUUUAAUGUCUGAUUAAGGCAUUUUCAUACCUGUAGUUAGUUUCUCUGCUCGUAAUUAGUUGAUGAGUUUGUAGUUUUUUUCUAUGGUUAGUUUUUUUUUUUUAGUUUGGAUCACGUUUUCACCACCAAUGAAUUCGGCUAAGGUUAAUUUAUAACUGGACUGAAACCAGUUAUAAAUUUAUUUUCACAUGUUAUUGAUUUCACACCUGCUGAAACGAAUCGUACAAACCCACCAGAGACUGUUUUACAUGGACUAAAUAUUGUUGGUGUGGAAAAAACUACAUUUUAGACACCUACAUUAGAAUCAAUAGAAUCAAUUACAUUUGGACAACUCAGAAUGACAAUAUUACAUAUCUGCAUAAUAUGUAAAUGAUUACAUAUUACAUUAUGAUGAGUCAAAAUUACGUUUUCAGAUACAGUAUCUGCAUUACAGACAUUGCUUGCCAUUCUGAAUAAAAGCUUAGCUUAGCUUAGGCUGUUUAAACAGAAAGCAGAUUAUUCUAUGUGUGAGUUUUCUACUUACUGGUGGAAUGGGCACUAAUGUUAUAAGCUUGGAAGUUAAGCAAAGCUUAUAAAAUCCUCAUAUGGCAAGUAGUUUUAAAAGGAGACAUAUUACACAAAGCUCACUUUAUAUUUGUAUUUUUACUUAACUGCCUGUAAAAACACUCCAAGCACGAAAAGAAUACAGACUUCGUUUGAGGGAGGAAUCUGUAACUACUGUCCGUGACAAUUUAGCAUAUAAGGGAGAUGUAAGAACUUUCAAAUAAUGAGUUUUGUGCUUCUAUCGAAGUUCAACACUAACGUGUGAUAAGCUCUCAGCAUUAACAUGUGGCGUGGCCAGAGUGAACAGCUUAUUUGCAUAAAAGUGGCAGAGCCCCUAAACGGCUCAUUCUGAAAGGGACUGAAACUGGUAAGAAUAGAGCUUAUCUAUAUGUGAAAAUGAUUUUGGGUAAAUAACUUCAUAAAUUGGUUUGUAUUGUCCAUACAUCUAUUCUAUUCUAGUUUGUGUAAAAACGAUAUAAUAUGUAUAAUAUGUCCCCUUUAAUGAAAAGCUGAUAUGCUAUUUGCAAGUUUAAUAGGCGUUGAAUGGGUGCCAAAUAGUUUCUUUUAUUUGUAUUUUAUAAUAGAAGCAAAAACACAGAUUAAUGGUUUAAAAUAAUGUGACUAGGUGUUUAAAGCUUAUGCACAGUACUGCUUUUUUCUGUGUAUUUUAUCAUUUUAUAUUGAUUAAAUAUUGAAAAUCUCAAAUUUGCUGUUAAUUGUUUAAGGUAUUUCUUUUAAUUCAAGCCAGUAUUGUAUAAACAGUAUUGUAUCAGUAUUUUAUCUUUUUAAAAAUGUGUUGAUUUUACAAUUGACCAAUAUAUAGGUCCUGUAUAUUUCAAGAGUGAUGGAAUGCAGACAGUAUCUUGUUUAAUCCAAACAUAUUCCUGUUAAAAUAUUCCUGUAUUUCUUUAUUACACUGUGUUCUUCCGUUGGACGUCUGUGUGCUUCCCAAAUAAAGAUAUGUAUCCAAAUAUAAACACAAUCCAUUA